AUGUCGACCGUCGGGCCUCUCACGGGCCAGCUGUGCGCCCUCGCCUUCUUGGCCAGGAUCAUCGGCCCAUCCUCGCCGGCGGUCGGGCGCGUCACCGGUGCCUACCUCUUGCUGUGCACGCUCGCCGCUGUGGUCAGUGUCACAGGUGGUACGGCGCGAGCUCAGAUGCUUGGCGAGUCAACGACGGGCGCUGCGCUGCUUUGGCGGCUUCUCGGUGCGCUCGCGUACACGGACGAGCUCGGUGCCCGGUUUGCGCCGCUCGCCUUCUUUGUCGUCAGCCUCUGGGCCCGGGCGGAGCCAAAGCGGCGCGUGCAGCUCGGCGGCGCCGUGAGCGUCGGCGCUGCUGCGGCUCCUUGGUGCCUGCUCGCGCUGAGCGUGGCCGUGGCCGGCUCCCGCGCCUCGCUCCCCAACCUCAUCGCCCUCGGCGCAGCCCUCGCGCUCGACGCUGCUCUGGCCGCAUGCCCGCCGCCGCCGCCUGCGUCGCUCCGGUCCCUCGAGGGCGGCAAGAGGACGCUGCGGUGGGGCCAGCCGGCGCUGGCUCAGCAAGCCGCGGCGGCGGCAGCACUCGGCGCCGUCGCGGGCGGCGCGGCCGACGGCGCAGAGGGCGGUAGCCUGACGGCGGACGCGCUGACCAUCUUUGCCCUCUGGUCGUUCGGCGCAGACCACUGGGCCCAGAGCCUGCAGCAGCGGCAGCCCGGCGCGGUCAGCCUCCUGCACGGCGGCGGCGACGACGAGCCUCUGAGGCAAGCGCUGGCGAGGAGCGACGUCGGAUCGCUGGCCGGAGGCGAGGCGGCGCAGGUGGCGGAGGUGUUUGAGCUCCUCGGCCUCUCCCGCCUCCUCGUCACCCCCGAGGCGCAGGCGCGGGUCGGCGCCGCGAUCGACGCGCACCGCCAGCAGCGCGCGCGGUACGACUUGCCGAUGUCGAUGAGCGACUCGCUCGUCCUGUCGGAGCUGCUCACCCUGAUCGAGCUGCCGCGCAGCUCCGAGGAGCUCCUCGCCGCCGUCGCAGCGCACCGGAGCCAGCGCGCCAUCGCUUCGGCCAGCAGCCUCGCCCUCGUCGCUCAGAAGCUGCGUGCGGCGCUGUACAACGACUCGACCGCCCUCGACGCCGACGGCGCCCCGCUCCUCGCCCCCUCCGAGACGUGGUCGGUGGCGGCGAUCAACGGCACGGUGCACGCGCUCGUCGGCGAGGCGCUCAACUUGCUCGAGCUCGAGCCGGAGCAGGCCGAGCCGGAGCAGUGGCGGUCCUUGCUCGGCCGGCUCAACCUCUCCCACUCCGACGCGGAGCAGCUCACGCCGCGGCUGGCCGACGGACCUCUCCCCUCCAGCGUGCCGCCCGCCGAAGCAGGCCGCCCUGCGUCUGCGGGCGGCGCGGGCGGCGGUGGAGCCGGCGACACGCUGCUGCGGCUCGCCUUCCGCGAGCAGCGCGAGAGGCGCGCGCGAGAGCGCGCCGCCGAGUGGCUCGCGAGCCGCGCCUUCGAGGAGCUGAUCGCGACGGUGCGCGCGGAGGACCCCUCCCUCGCCGACGAGGACCGGCGGCGGGCGGAGCAGCGGCGCGUGUACGAGGGCCGCCGCCUCGGGCUGCUGACGACGCUGCUGCGGCGGUCGGCCGAGCUGGGGCUGGCCGGCUCCCGCGCAGACGAGGCUGCCGAGCUUGGCGGCGCGCUCCUCUCCGAGCCAGGCGUCGCCGACGGGGAGGAGCACUACGGCCGGCUGCUCAAGCUGCCGCAGCUGGUGAGCACCGUGCUCGCAAACUACGUCGGCGAGGCGAGCGGCGAGCUCUCCGACAAGCAAGCCUUCCGCGAGCUGCUGCGCCUGAUGGGACUCGCAGACGCGCUCGAGCCGCGGCUGAUGCGCACCAUCGUCGAGGCGGUCAAGCAGCACCGCCUCCGGCGCGAGGGCGGGCGGGAGCGGGGCGAGCCGGAGCCCCUCACGCACCGGCCGGCGCUCGCGUCCGCGAGGCCGCUCUUGCCGGCGGCCGACCACCUCGUCAACGCCGGCGGGGACGGCAACAAGUUUGCGAUCUUCAUCGCGUGCCUGAUGCAGCUGCUCGGCGCGCAGGUGGCGCCGUUGGAGGCGGCGCUGCUGCGCGGAGAGACCGAGGAGGUGCGGCCCGUCUGCCAGCUCCUCGCCGAGGUGCGGCUCGGCAAGCGGCCUUCGCGGCUCUCCGCGUGGGUGCGUGCGGCGUUGCCCCGCUCGCGAUGGCUCGGCCGCACCUACCACUACCGCGUCGACGCCGACGGUUUCGUCUGGCUCAACCUGGACUGGCUGGACGCGCAGCAGGGCGUCCAGCGGCCGGGCGUGCCGUACAAGGCGUUCGAGCGGCAGACCGUCUACUACCCGGCCGAGGGGCGGUGGGAGGAGGAGGAGGGAGAGGCGGAGGGCCGCCCGAGGGCAAAGCACUGGAGCGUGCACUCCAUCAAGAUGAGCAGCUUGUGAUGUGAAGGCCGGCGGCUAGGGAGUGACGGCGCUGACGGCCCUGACUCGUGAGGGCACGAUCUAGAUACUUUUAGAGAUAGAAAUAAAACCUAACCCGC